UUUUACAUUUAAAUUAAAGCUUUUACAUGUGUUCAUUAUUUAUUUAAUGGAGCUGUUCAACGUAUAACGGAUGAGUGAAAUCAAUAAAUGUCGAACACUGUAAAUAGUAAGGAAUAAAUAAUAAACAUUGCGAAAAGAAUGUUUCAAAAUGUUUGUAUAAUUAUAAUGAGAUCAUAAAUUGGCAGAUCGAAAUUAACAAGUGGAUUUUUCUUGAGAAUCUUCUUAAUAUUUGUAUCCUAGUAACAUCUUUUGAAAGGUUGGGGUUGAAGAAUUACAAUCUUGUCUGUAAUAAAUAAAAAAAAUUGUCCAAAGUUUUUAAAAUCAGUCAGUUUUAAUCAUCAUUUUCAAUGUCGUCGCCGGAAGAAAGUAAUGCCCUUGAACAGCUAUGUUCCCUAGAGCGUGUGGUGGUUCGUGAAAAAACGGCAGAUUAUCCUAACUGCAAGUAUGUGGUGACAAGCAGUGACGGCGUGGUGUUGCUUUAUGCUAAGGAAGACUGUGGUAUUGUAAAUAAGGUUCUAGCAGGAAAGACCAGGACGUUCCAGAUUGAUGUCUUUGACACAAGCGAUAGAGAGGUGAUGAAACUUCGCCGUCCCUACAGCGUGGGUCAGGACAAAAUGGAUGUAAAUGUUUGCGGUCAGCUGGCUGCCAUCGUUCGUAAAGAGGUGACCUUCUUCAAGCCCGUUCUCACUAUCAACGACACUCACGAUCGACAGGUCAUCAGGGUAAAGGGCCCCGUCUCUACUACUUCUCAAUGUGAUUUUGAGUUGUAUUCCAAUGAGAAGAAACGUAUUGGUGCUAUAUGCAAACGCUGGAACGGUCUAACUCGCAGUCAUGGUGAUAGGGAUAACUUUGUCAUACACUUUCCACAGAUGGAUGCUUCCUACAAAGCUGCUGUUUUAGGCACCUGCUUUCUCAUUGACUUUCUGUACUACGAAAAUUAAAACAUCACUGCAGUAUUGUAUUUGGGCGCCAUCUACAAGCAAAUGGAGGAACUGUGGUGAAACUACGGUUCAUAUGCUGAUUGCUUCAGUUCAACUUUUUUAUUUAUGUAAUCAUGUUAUUAUUAUA